AUGCCUGAUAAAAUAUCUCCUUGCUUGCUCUACAAGCUCAUGCUCUCAAUGCUAGUCUUUGGCUCUGCCAACACUGUGUUUCUGAAGAUGAUGAACCUUUCUUACUUCACAGACAAAGAUGGAGUCAGGAAGCAGUUUUACCAUGCUUUCUUCCAGACAUUCAUCAUGUUCAUUGGAGCCUUCCUUUGUAUAGGAGUGUAUGAGAUUAUAUAUUUCAGGGAUAUCAGGAAAUAUGAAGAUUAUGAGAAUUUACCUCAGGUUGAUGAAGCUAAGAGGAAGGGCAAAAAGACCAGAAUUAAUAUUUUAAUCCUAUUCAUUCCCCCCCCUGCUUUGAUAUCAUUUCAUCAACUUUUUGGAGGAGUAGCCAUUGCCGGCGCAAGUCCUCUUAUAUUCAAAGAUGAUGAAAAGAAGCAGGAAAAUACAAAUACUGUUCUUGAAAUUGCAUUGAUAAUUAUAGCACAAUUUUUCACACCAGCUUUUAUGGUUGUUGAAGAAAAGCUUCCUGCAGACUACAUGCUACAUCCUCUUAAAAUCGUAGGUCUCGAAGGGCUUUGGGGACUGGCCAUUUACAUCAUGUUGCUCAUAAUCUUUCAGUUUAUUGAAUGUGGGAAUAAAGAUAUAUGACCAAAUGGUAGACUCUAAGAUACUCCUCUGGCUUUCCAUGCAAUGGGAAAUAAUCCAAUGAUUAUCUGAUAUGCAGUAGGUUCUAUUCUAUCAGUAGCAUUCUAUAUGAGUCUUGGAGUUACUGUCACUAAAUAUGCAAGCGCAACUCAGAGAGUAACUAUAGAUAUAAGUAGAACUCUUGUCAUAUGGGGAGUGUUCUUAGCCAAGCCAGGAGAUGGUCACGAAAGAUUCAUCUAG